CAGCUGCAGAAGCUGCUGCAGAUGCGGCGGAAGGUGGUGUCGGAGGAGGAGCAGCGGGACAGCGGGAGCGAGCAGCGGGGGGACGAGGAUGACAUCCCACUGGGGCCACAGUCCAACAUCAGCCUCCUGGACCAGCACCAGCACCUCAAGGAGAAGGCGGAAGCUCGGAAGGAGUCGGCCAAGGAGAAGCAGCUGAAGGAGGAAGAGAAGAUCCUGGAGAGCGUGGCAGAGGGCCGAGCUUUGAUGUCGGUGAAGGAGAUGGCAAAAGGCAUCACCUACGACGACCCGAUUAAAACCAGCUGGAGAGCACCUCGUUACAUCCUGGGCAUGUCGGAGGCACGGCAUGAUCGCGUGCGCAAGAAGUACCACAUCCUGGUGGAGGGGGAAGGCAUCCCGCCCCCCAUCAAGAGCUUCAAGGAGAUGAAGUUCCCAGCAGCUAUCUUGAGGGGCCUGAAGAAAAAAGGAAUCCAGCAGCCAACGCCCAUACAGAUCCAAGGCAUCCCCACGAUCCUCUCGGGAAGGGACAUGAUUGGCAUUGCGUUCACUGGCUCUGGGAAGACCUUGGUGUUCACCCUCCCGGUGAUCAUGUUCUGCCUGGAGCAGGAGAAGAGGUUGCCAUUUUCCAAGCGAGAGGGACCCUACGGACUCAUCAUCUGCCCCUCGCGGGAGCUGGCCCGGCAGACCCACGGCAUCAUCGAGUACUACUGUCGCCUGCUGCAGGAGGACGGCCUGCCCCCGCUGCGCUGCGCCCUCUGCAUCGGGGGCAUGUCUGUCAAGGAGCAGAUGGAGACAAUCAAACAUGGUGUACACAUGAUGGUGGCAACCCCUGGCCGCCUGAUGGACCUGCUGCAGAAGAAGAUGGUGAGCCUGGACAUCUGCCGAUACUUGGCCUUGGAUGAAGCUGACAGGAUGAUCGAUAUGGGCUUUGAGGGGGACAUCCGCACCAUCUUCUCCUACUUCAAGGGCCAGCGGCAAACCCUCCUCUUCAGUGCCACAAUGCCCAAGAAGAUCCAGAACUUUGCCAAGAGCGCCCUGGUGAAGCCCAUCACCAUUAAUGUUGGGCGAGCGGGUGCUGCCAGCCUGGAUGUUGUGCAGGAAGUGGAGUACGUGAAAGAGGAGGCCAAGAUGGUGUACCUCCUUGAGUGCCUGCAGAAGACCCCGCCACCCGUGCUGAUCUUUGCAGAGAAGAAGGCAGAUGUUGAUGCGAUCCACGAGUACCUGCUGCUCAAGGGUGUGGAGGCUGUGGCCAUCCAUGGAGGGAAAGAUCAGGAGGAACGGACAAAAGCCAUCGAGGCGUUCCGGGACGGGAAGAAGGAUGUCCUGGUUGCCACUGAUGUUGCUUCUAAGGGUCUGGACUUCCCAGCCAUCCAGCACGUCAUCAACUACGACAUGCCAGAGGAGAUUGAGAACUAUGUUCAUCGUAUUGGGCGCACGGGCCGUUCAGGCAACACUGGCAUUGCCACCACCUUCAUCAACAAAGCCUGUGGUGAGAAGUGGCAUGGGGCUGGGGGCUGCCUGCGUGGGGGCUGUGGCUCACCUGUGCUCCAGGGGCUGCACUGUGGGGAUGAUACCAUGCUGGACAUCGGAGGCGAGCGGGGCUGUGCCUUCUGCGGCGGCCUGGGCCAUCGCAUCACCGACUGCCCCAAGCUGGAGGCGAUGCAGACCAAGCAAGUCAGCAACAUCGGCCGCAAGGACUACCUGGCCCACAGCUCGAUGGACUUCUAG